GCAUCCGUUGUUAUGUGAAAUUGUUGUGCCAUGGGAUGCCUCUCACUCUCUCUCUUUACAAAAGAGCAGCCCACACCAGAGACCCAGCAACAGUACAGCGGAUCCAGCGAUUUACUAGUUCCUCCCGUGACCCGUGCAGUCCAAACCUCUGCUUUCUUUAAACCCCACUCUCCACCCCACCCCGCACCGGGCGCAAUGUCUCCACGCACCUGGAUGGAUUUCAUAACAUGAAUUUGUUCGACUUGUUCCUUUUACGCACCAUCUUAGCGCGUCCUUUGGUGGGAACGAGAUGUCCUGGAUGUAUUUGCUCCAGAGAUUGUAGUAGAAGGACGCACAGCCCGCUGUAACCAUGUGGAGGGCGGACACGAGCCGUGGUGGGAGCACCGGAGGCAAAAGGCGAUUGUAAUAUGGAAGCUUUGUUUGGCUUUCUUGGAGAAGAAGCUCCUUCAAAGAGGAAGCAAAGAGCGAAGAGAUGGUAGAGAAUGGCUGCACCUGACCUUCUUGACCCAACGUCUGCUGUCAACAAUUCCAAACCUCGCCUGUCCUUCUCCACCAAACCAGUGGUGCUGAACAGUCCAGAGGAUGAGUGUGACACACGGAUGACCGUCAUGAGGUGGAAAACUGUGUCAGCCAUCUUCUUCCUGGUGGUGCUUUACCUCAUUAUCGGGGCAACAGUGUUCAGAGCACUAGAGCAACCUCAUGAGAGUUCCCAGAUACUGGCCAUUCUUGCACAAAAGCUGGAUUUCUUGGCCAUGCACGCCUGUGUAAACUCCUCAGAUCUGGAGGAUCUGGUCAAGCAAGUGGUUUCAGCUGUCCGAGCAGGUGUGAAUCCUUCAGGAAAUUCAUCCAAUCAGACGAGCCUCUGGGACCUCAGCUCCUCCUUUUUCUUUGCUGGAACCGUUAUCACCACUAUAGGAUUUGGGAACAUCUCUCCUCACACAGAAGGCGGGCGGAUCUUCUGUAUAAUCUACGCUCUGCUGGGGAUUCCCCUCUUUGGAUUCUUACUGGCUGGUGUUGGGGACCAGCUGGGGACCAUUUUUGGGAAGGCCAUCGCCAAAGUGGAGAAGAUGAUUGUGAAGUGGAACGUCAGCCAGACGAAGAUUCGCGUCAUCUCCACACUGCUCUUCAUCCUGUUCGGUUGCCUCAUCUUCGUGACCCUGCCAGCUGUCAUCUUCAAGCACAUUGAAGGCUGGAGCACGCUCGAGUCCAUCUACUUUGUUGUCAUCACCCUCACCACGAUCGGCUUUGGAGACUUUGUUGCCGGUGAAAAAGGUGGGUCAGAGAGUCCAGGGUAUCUGGACUACUACAAGCCUGUGGUGUGGUUCUGGAUCCUAGUGGGCUUAGCAUACUGCGCUGCUGUGCUCAGUAUGAUUGGAGAUUGGUUCCGAGUCAUCUCCAAGAAAACUAAAGAGGAGGUCGGGGAAUUUCGGGCUCACGCGGCCGAGUGGACAGCAAAUGUGUCAGCAGAGUUCAAAGAGACCCGACGGCGACUCAGCGUUGACAUCUAUGACAGGUUCCAGCGCGCUGCCUCCAUCAAACGCAAGCUGUCAUCCGAGCUGGGUAUUAAUGCAUCUGUGAACCAGGAAAUGACCCCUGGCAAGAGGACGCUGUCAGCAAACCUGUGUGAGGACAAAGAGGCGUGCCCCAACAUGACUCUGUCUCUCAGUCCUGUCCCAGGGUCUCUGGCCAGGAACGGGAGCCUUUACCUGAAUGGCCUCAGCCCGGACUACGCUGACCGGCGGGAGAUUGCUGUCAUUGAAAAUCUAAAAUAAGGAACAGCAUGAAAGCAAGAUUUAAGGAACCAAGUGAAGCACAUUUGCUUGCAAACGCAACAGAAACAGUACACACUCGUGUGCUUAUUGACCUAUGGUACUUGUACGCAUUCACUAAGUGGAUUGUGCUCCAAAUGUUGAUUAUAAAUGUUGAAAUAAAUCCAUUCAUCAAAAUUAGAAGGCAAUAGAUGUGUCUGUGCUCGCGUCCUGUUGAAUUACCAGCGGCCUUCCUGAAAUCUGCAUCAGAUAAAGAGGAUCUUCACUGCUAAAACACUCCUUCAUCAACAGUGAACACUGGGUCUCAAUGAGGCAGCAGUCCAGUACUAACACAAAGAAAUGUGGCUUUUUCUUUCAUUUACAUUUCCUACAUUAUGAAUUUACAUGAUUUGCAUUUGUUGGUCAGUCGGCCCUCACUAAAAAGUCUAAUAUUGACAUUUCUGUUCCUUCACAACUGACAUAAGCUUUCCACCCUAAGGAAUAAUUCACAAGUGCCUUACUGAAAACCAUACUGAACAUGUGAGGAUGGUGGUGCAUGAAAAAUGGAGCAACACUUUGUCUGUCCACUCAUUCUUGUUAUAUAGAAGCACAGUAGGAAUAAAGACAUUUAUAGGAUGCCUCCUUGAAAAUUCAAUAUGAAGAAAGGUGAAAUGGAAGGAGAAGACAUGGAUGUUUUAACUGUUAACUCAUUUUAAGAGUCAGUAAGUGGAGAACCUGUUUGUUGAGUUAAGGGGACACUUAGAAAAAUGUCACCUCUCUGUCUGCCAUUGCACUGUAGGUACCAGUCCUAAUGUGCUGAAAUGUAUACAGCAGUGCCAGGAUCAAAUCCCAUGAUCCUGUACCAAAGUAAUUAUCCUGCUUUUCUGAUAGAGGAGUCAGAGAGAAGUCUUCAGUCUGAUCAAAGGAUCAGGAGUGCGUUCUGUUAUUUAUACAAUCAAUCCUGCCCUGCAGGUUUCUAGAAGUUAUGUUUUCAUCAAACUGAUCACAGACCUUAGUGCAUUGAGUUUGUCUUUUCAUUCCUUAUUGGAAAUAAAACAACAUGGAUGGCUUGGUAGCAAUGAAAGCUGUGUGGCUGUGAAGCAGAUCUUAACCUUAUUGUUUUUCAUGGGGAAUGUUUCUUCAGCAGAUACAGAUGAGCUCUCUUAUGUCUUACUAAUUCUGAAUGUAUACCAUUAGACGCCUCUAUUUACUAAAGCAAAUAGAGGGAGCACUGCAGUUGGUGUUGAUUAAAGAUUUUGAAAAUGAAAGGAAUAUUAAUAAGGGUGUUUAUCUUGCACUCUGAUCCUUGAUACUAAAUAUACAUUUUAAUUUUUACAUUUUAAAUGGGUCAAAUUUUUUAUUCAGGGUAUUUCUGGACACAUGGCUUUCUGUUUUGCUGUUAUGCAAGGUUACUUUAGAUCCUGAUGUCUCCCAGUUGAAUGGUUUGGAUUGUGUUAUUCAGUGCUUACUGUAUACCCAGCAAGAUAUGCUGUGAUAGUCAAUACACAUCAGAUAGUACUGUUUUCAGUUUGUAGCAUUAAAACACAUUUGAAAUACGGUGUGUUUUACAAGCCAGUAUUUCAUGUGGCAAACCAAGUCUCCUACCAAAUGUGUAUGAUUAAUGGGUUACUGGGUGGAAAAGUGGUUGUCUUGUAAUAAAUUUUGACUACAUUUGUUUUUGUUAUAUUUCAGGGCAAUAACAAGCUGUAUGAUUUUAUUCCUUAACUAAACAGCAGGAGCUGGUUGCACUCAAGAUUUCCCACUCAUUUUAAACUGGGCUUAAAUGUAAUCAACAUCGAAACAUACUGUUAUUUCACCAUGUUUUCAUAUAUAAAUGACACAAAGUACAGUUUGUACAUACACAGUUGGCUACGUUUGAUCAGACAGAGCUGCGGGUUUCCUUGAAACUGUCCCUCGUAGAGCAGGUGUGUGUGUGUGUGUGUGUGUGCAUGAAUGAACCCAUGACUGUGUGUGCACUGGGGGUUUGAAGAAACUCAUUUCGUUUCCACCCAGACAUGUGUUUUCACAUAGUAUCAUUUUCUUUUCCCAGGGUGACCCUCUUUAAUUAAGUGUGUGACUCCCAUCAAAUUCCCAGUCUGAGCAUGAUGAAUGUAUUCACGGAUUUACGAUGGCAGAGAUGAGCCUUAUUAUGAACGUACAGUAAACACAUUCAGGAUUUAACAUUGUCAUGUUUGUAUGCAAAUGAGUUCCUUUAGUUCGCUGGGUAUUUAAACAAGCUUUUUAAAGCCAUUGGCCCACAUUUAUGAUGCCAUAAAAAACACAAUAAUGUACAAAUUAUAGUCACAGUGAUCACAGUGGUAAUGUUAACAUGUGGUUUCCUAAAAUACUCAUCAAAAUAUACAUUAGUGAAAUUCAAAAACAUUUUUUCCUAAACCAUGAUUUUGGUUUGAAUUUGUUUAUUUGCUUAAAAUAUAUGAGUGAUGAUGUUUUUAAAUGAGGCCCAGUAGGUCAAGGAAAGUCUCUCUGAAACUUAUAAAUUUCUAAAUCUGUAACAAAUGUGUACAUGUGAGGGGUCAUGUACACACAUGCACAAUUUAAAACAAGAUUUCAACAAUUCAAAUGUUGCAUGCUACUUUAAGUGUUACAUCCAGUGUUUUUAGAUCAGAUGUGUCUAUAGUUUUUACUCUGAUUUCAAUACCAGUAUGGAAACCAUGUGCUUCCACUGUGUUAAUAUCUUACUGUGAGUAUGUCACCUCAAAUCACGACAAACUUUUAAAAAGGUAGAGAA